CGGCUGUUGUCUCUAGUAGUUCAUGUUCAGUUGCAAACAGGUCUCGAUUCCGUUGAGACUGUCGAAAACUUGUCUGCCUUGCUUAAUUCAAGAAAAUUUGGAUGAAACAUUUGUUUACGAGUGUGAGUGUUCGCCUUCUUGUGAAACGCCAUGGAUUGUACAGCAAUUCGCGGAAGAUCAAACUCUCGCAGAGAUAAAUGGCCGAGGCAAUGUGCCACCGCUGUAACAAAGUGCACGACAGUGUGGCUCGUACACGGAUUACUUGUGGCUCUUUCCGUCAGCCACCUUGUAGGACAGACACGCGCAGAGCGGAUCGAGGGCAUGUACGAGAAACAACGCUACGAUGGAUGGUACAACAACUUGGCACAUCCGGAAUGGGGAUCCGUUGACAGCCAUUUAACACGCAAAGUGCCAGCAACCUACUCGGACGGUGUCUACAUGAUGGGCGGAAUUAAUCGGCCUAACCCAAGAAAGCUAAGCGAACUCUUCAUGAAAGGACCUGAUGGACUUGGCUCAGUCAUGAACCGCACCGCCUUGUUCGCCUUUUUCGGACAACUGGUGACCUCGGAGAUUCUAAUGGCCAGCGAAUCUGGUUGCCCAAUCGAAAUGCAUAAGAUUGACAUUGAAAAGUGUGACGAGAUGUACGACGCUGAAUGUACCGGCCAGAAGUUCAUGCCUUUUCACCGUGCCUGGUACGAUCACAAAACAGGACAAAGUCCCAACAGCCCACGGGAACAGAUAAACCGGAUGACGAGCUGGAUCGAUGGCAGUUUUGUUUACAGCACGAGUGAGGCGUGGGUAAACGCGAUGCGAUCGUUCAAGAAUGGAACGUUCAAAUCUGGCGAAUCAGAAGGAAUGCCUCCACGAAACCAAGAUCGCGUGCCGAUAUUUACUGCCCCGGCGCCACAUAUUAUGCGCAUGGCUAAUCCCGAAAAAAUGCUUCUGUUGGGAGACCCUCGAACUAAUCAAAAUCCGGCUAUUCUUGCAAUCGGCAUCGUCUUUUUUCGAUAUCACAACGUGAUAGCGGGCAGAAUUCAGGCAGAACAUCCGGAAUGGUCAGACGAGGAAAUCUUCCAAAGAGCUCGCCGUAUAGUGGUUGCCGUAUUGCAAAACAUCGUCAUGUACGAGUACUUACCGGCGCUCAUCGGUGAAUCGCUUGGCGAAUACGAAGGAUAUAAAGCUGAUGUCCAUCCUGGCAUUAGCCAUGUCUUUCAGAGUGCAGCCUUCCGUUUUGGUCACACAAUGAUCCCACCGGGGCUCUAUCGACGCGACGGCCAAUGCAACUUCAAAAAUGGGCCGAAUGAAACGCCUGCCAUCCGCCUCUGUUCGGCUUGGUGGGACGCGGUCGAAAUACUGGUCAACAACUCUGUCGAAGAAUUCAUCUUGGGCAUGGCGUCGCAACUUGCCGAACGCGAGGACAGUUUCCUUUGCUCGGAUGUACGCAACAAACUGUUUGGCCCCAUGGAAUUCUCUCGUCGGGAUUUGGGCGCGCUUAAUAUUAUGCGCGGUCGAGACACGGGACUACCGGACUACAACACGGCGCGGCGCAGCUUCCGCCUCAAUCCCAUUACCAACUGGACGGAUAUAAACCCGGCGCUAGCUGUCCAACAACCGGAUCUUUUCCCCAAACUAGCCGCUCUCUACAACAAUGAUUUGUCCAACGUCGACGUCUACAUCGGUGGCAUGCUUGAAUCGACCAACGGGCCGGGACCCCUCUUCUCUGCGGUGAUCAAAGAACAACUGGGACGCAUCCGUGACGCGGACCGCUUUUGGUUCGAAAACACCGACAAUGGCAUGUUCACGGCCAGCGAGGUGGAAGAAAUCCGUAAGACGACCUUCUCCGACAUCAUUCGCAGUACGAUGAACAUCAGCGAGGGAGAGAUCCAGAAGAACGUCUUUUUCUUCCGCGAAGGUGACCCGUGCCCGCAGCCGAGCCAAUUGAACGCGUCGACAUUGACGCCGUGCAACUUCUUGGCCGGCUACGACUAUUUUUCCGGAAGCGAGGUGCCUUACAUCUAUGGCUGCCUGCUGUUGGCCUUCGUGCCAAUUAUAGCGGCCGGCGCCGGUUACGGUGUCGUCAAACUGCAGAAUUCUAAGCGUCGUAAGCUCAAGGCCCGUCACGAAGAGAACAACAAUGGCAAAUCGGUCGACAAGAUGGUAGUCAAGGAAUGGCUUCAUCUCAACCACAAACGACUGGUUAAGGUAAAAUUCGGACCUGAGGAGGCGUUCUACACGGUGAACCGCAAAGGCGAGAAAUUGCGUAAAGUCAAUUUCAAAGGUGUUGACUUGCUGACAGUGGAAGUCACACAAGACGCACGCAAGAAGCCCAUGUUGCUGGUGCGCGUACCAAGGGACUACGACCUUGUGCUCGAAUUCGACUCGAACGCAUCUCGAAAACGUUUCCUCCACAAACUCGAAACGUUCCUGACGAGCCACAAGAAACACCUGGAACAGAUCCCCACCUAUCGCGAACAGAUGCUGUCGAACGCGGAGACCCGCGAACGCCGCGAAAAGCGACUGGAGCAUUUCUUCCGCGAAGCUUACGCCCUGACUUUUGGCCUCAAGCCGGGAGAGAAACGUAAAUUGGAAGAUGUAACGGGCGACGUCAUCAUGGUCAUGCGAACCUCGCUAUCUCGCAAUGAAUUCGCUAGCGCUCUCGGAAUGAAGGGCGACGACGUCUUUGUCAAGAUGAUGUUCAACAUUGUCGACAAGGAUGGAGACGGUCGUAUUUCGUUUCAGGAAUUUCUCGACACGGUCGUUCUCUUCUCAAAGGGCCGCACCGAGGACAAACUUCGCAUCAUUUUUGACAUGUGCGACAAUGAUCGCAACGGUGUUAUUGACAAAGGUGAACUCUCUGAAAUGUUGCGUUCGUUGGUCGAAAUUGCUCGCACCAACAACAGCUUGAACGACGACCAGGUGACGGAGUUGAUCGACGGUAUGUUCCAGUCUGCCGGUCUUGAGCACAAGGACGCCCUGCACUACGAAGACUUUAAGUUGAUGAUGCGUGAAUACCGUGGCGACUUUAUUGCUAUCGGUCUCGACUGCAAAGGCGCCAAGCAAAACUUUUUGGAUACUUCGACCAACGUUGCCCGCAUGACGAGCUUCCACAUUGACGCCGUCCAGGAACGCCACCGACACACGAUGCUCCGAAUAUGGGACGAGUUGACAACAUUCCUCGAGGAGAAUCGUCAAAACAUCUUUUACCUAUUCGUUUUCUACGUGGUGACGAUCGCCCUCUUUGUCGACCGAUUCAUUCAUUACUCUUUCAUGGCCGAACACACUGACCUUCGCCACAUAAUGGGCGUCGGUAUCGCCAUCACGCGCGGUUCCGCAGCUGCACUCUCCUUCUGCUAUAGUCUCCUUUUGCUGACUAUGUCGCGCAACUUUUUGACCAAGCUCAAAGAAUUUUCCAUCCAGCAAUAUAUCCCACUCGAUGCCCACAUCCAGUUCCACAAAAUUUGUGCUCUGACGGCUCUCUUCUUCUCGAUGCUUCACACGGUCGGACACGUCGUCAACUUUUACCACGUUUCUACUCAACCAGUCGAACACUUGCGUUGCCUGUCUAAGGAGAUCAGCUUGCCCAGUGACUUUAAGCCAACCAUCACCUAUUGGCUCUUCCAGACUCUGACGGGCUUGACGGGCGUCCUCCUUUUUGUCGUCAUGAUCAUCAUCUUCGUCUUCGCUCACCCCAUCAUUCGUAAAAAGGCCUACAACUUCUUUUGGAAGGCCCACAGCCUCUACAUCCUACUCUAUAUCUUGUCUGUCAUUCACGGAUUGGGUCGGCUGACAGCUUCGCCUGCUUUCUGGCUCUUCUUUAUCGGUCCGGCGAUCAUUUACACGCUGGACAAGAUCAUCAGCCUGCGCACCAAAUUCAUGGGCUUGGAUAUUAUCGAGACGGUGCUACUGCCAUCUGACGUUCUCAAGGUGAAAUUCUACCGGCCGCCCAAUUUUAAGUAUUUAUCGGGUCAGUGGAUCCGACUUUCAUGCACCGGAAUCACGCCCAAGGAAUUUCACUCUUUCACGCUAACUUCGGCUCCUCACGAAAACUUUUUGUCGUGCCACAUCAAGGCGCAAGGGCCAUGGACGUGGAAACUGCGCAACUACUUUGAUCCAAGCAACUUCAAUCCUAAGGAAAUGGAUCCCAAGAUCCAGCUGGACGGCCCAUUUGGUGGUGGUAAUCAGGACUGGUACAAGUUUGAGGUUGCCGUCAUGGUUGGUGGAGGCAUUGGAGUAACGCCUUACGCUUCCAUCCUCAACGAUUUGGUCUUUGGUACGUCAACCAACCGUUACUCGGGCGUCGCUUGUAAGAAAGUUUACUUCUUGUGGACCUGCCCGUCGCACCGCCAUUUUGAAUGGUUCAUCGACGUACUGCGCGACGUCGAGCGUAAGGAUGUCACCAACGUAUUGGAAAUGCACAUUUUCAUUACGCAGUUCUUCCACAAAUUCGAUUUGCGUACAACUAUGCUUUACAUUUGUGAGAAUCAUUUCCAACGCAUCUCGAAGCGCAGUAUGUUCACAGGCCUAAAAGCUGUCAAUCAUUUUGGGCGGCCCGAUAUGACGUCUUUCCUCAAGUUCGUCCAGAAAAAGCAUAGCUACGUCAGUAAGAUUGGCGUGUUCAGCUGCGGUCCGCGACCUUUAACCAAAUCGAUUAUGAGUGCCUGUGAGGAAGUCAACCAGGGCCGCAAGUUGCCUUAUUUCAUCCACCAUUUCGAGAACUUUGGCUAAACCUCUAGGAAGACAGAACUUGUCGCUGCGAUCUGUUCAUCGUGUGAUUGAAAUGUUGGCACUCCUCUUUUCUCGCUCAUUUACAUUGGCAUAUUUCUCUCACUUUUAUUUUUUUUUAUUUUUCCCUUUCCAAAUACUUAGUUCGUCAUCUAUCUCUAUUGCAUUUCUUUCGCUUCCCUGACUUUUCUCGUUUUCCUUUUGUAACGUAUUUCGUUUUGCUCCAAGGGUCUUAAUCGUGAUCCACUUGUCAUUCCCGCUCUCGCUCUCGGUUUUGGUUGCCACGUUUUUCUUCAGGAAAUGGAAGAGAAAAGGCAGGGAACUACAUGUCGUCUUUCGGUCAUAAACGUGGGAGCGGGCCAGCCGUACACUAAACUAUUUUGCAGAGAAUCUGUAUGAAGCUGAAAUCGUUUUCUGCCAAAGGGCCGACACUAGACUACCAAACAUAAUUCUAUGGUUCUUGCAGACACGUUUGAUGGACAGUUCAAGUUCGAUAAGCUUCCUGCCAAAGCCUCAACUUUCAAUCCAAAUUUUUUAUUUUCAUACAUCUGCUGCGAUGCAGAACAGCGAUUGUCAACAGAUGCGUAUCUUUUGUACCCCUCGUAAUUUAUGAGUUGUACUCUGGCAGAUAGUCUAGAAGGAGUUACUUACGGAAAUUAAAAGCAAAUGCGAAACUAUUAUUUAUCGGGCGUGACACAGAUUUCAGUUUUUACGUUCGUCAAUCGUACAGAAAUGUUAUGUAUAACGUAUUGUAUUGUCAGUAGCUGCCACCAGGGAGCUGGGAUGCACAACGGUUGUGGAAAAUUUUGAAUCUUAUCCAGAAAAUUUUAUUCGUCCAUCGUCUUCGUCAACAGAAGUUGUUCAUAUUGCUGUAGUUUGGUGUUGUUGGCAUUCACCUAUCGGAUCAAUGUUGCAUCGCAAUUUAGUGUCUAAGUUAAUAAAGGAAAAAUGAAUAAAAGUUAACAAAUGUG